AUGUACCUGACACCGUGGCAAUUCGGAUUAUGGGGUAAGGAGUUUUCGGUCUGUUCCGAAGAUUUCGAGAAUAGAUCUGUAGCUGCUGGGGGCAGUACGUUGGAAUGUGCUCUGAUGUGUUCUACCCAGCUCUUGCCCUGCUUAUCUUACAAUUAUUUCCCAAGUGAAGGCGCCUGUCAACUUUUUCCAAAUCAAUCAAAGCAUUUCUCUGUUGGAAGUUUAAUUGGUAGUGAAUGCGAAUACAAUUUCCAGAGCAACGAGAGUGUCCUGCAAAAAACGUUAACCAACUUAGCAAAGAAAAAACCAACAUAUUCCAGUCCAACUUACAAAUAUUAUGCCGGAAACUCAAGCACAGUGGUUGAUGGGGACAGAUAUGCCGUGAAUCUUGUUGGAUGUUUCAUUAGCUCUGCCAAUAAUCCCAAUUUAACGCAGUGGAUUGCUGUUGAUCUGGUGAAGUCAUAUUCCGUUCAUUACGUCAUGCUAGUUCCAUAUACUUUUUAUGUAAGGUCUUUCUCUCGAUUCAUAGUCGGACUGAACAAGAGCUUGGGAUCAGUGGUGAACCAAUGGGACUACGACCUCUGCGGACUUUAUCCCAAAGAAACAACUUCUUCGUCCUGGUUGAUCACUGUUUGUAACAGUUAUUCAUACAAACACAGGUACGUUAUACUGCAGUCUGCGACUGAUGUUACGAACUACUUGAUUGUUUGUGAGUUUGAGGUUUAUGGCGAGUAA